AAGGCAAACGGACGACGUAGAACAUACGACGAGCGCCGACGGAAACGGCGGCCAAGAAGCAAACUUCCGUACCCGGGGGAAACGUGUCGCGUGUGCUCCGAGUGGAAAAUACGUACGGGUGGCCGGAGGAAACCCGGCAAAAAGCCCGCUAAAAGUAUCCCAACUAUGCGUGUGACCACAAAUCAAAAUACGAAUACGUAUACGGAUUUAUGAAAAGUGUUGUUUUUCUUGCCAAAAACAGCUACCACUUUAGGGCAAUCAAGUAACAAAACACGCACUCAAAGAUUGUCUUACCUAGCCAAAGUUUGAGAAGCAAUCAAAAGAACUAAACAAGUGAGUAGUUGAACAGAAAGUGAACAAAAAGGGAAAACCAUGUUGUCAGGAGUGGAGCUACUGCUGCUGCUCCUGCUCAGCCCGUCGCUCCUGGCGGAGAUCUCCCACUUGCCGCUGGCCAGCAAUCGCAUCAUUCUGGACUCUACGGAGCUGCUGCAACCGCCUCUAAUUCCCGAUCGCGAUUCCGAAUCUCCGGCGGUCCAGGCGACGCCGGUGGCGCCGCAGAAGUGUCCUUCGCUGCAGCGGUACCGCAAGAUGCUGAAGGAUAUAGACGACCUGGAGGACCUCUACGUGGACGUGCCCGUGCACAUCGCACUGGCGGAGCGGCAGAGGAAGCGAUUUGUGCUGAACCUGAACGACUCGACGCCGCUGACGAUUCGCUUUUCGGCGCCCGUGGGCCGCAAGAUGUACUACAAUCAGACAGGAAACCUCCUUCGGCCGGCGGCAGUGGCACCUGGUCCAGGUGUGGCUGUGGGCAGUCUGGUGCUGCCCUGCGCCCUGCGCGGCCAGUACGACCUCUUUGUCCAGGCCCGCCACUCGGGAGCCCUCAAGGUGGACGCCCUCGCGGAGCAUCCGCAGCACGACUGGCCGCUGCUCAAUGCCACCGCCGCGCACCGGAUCGCCAUCCGCACCCAGAACCGCGUGCGGAAACGCGAGAUGAUCGUCAAGUGGGACAGGAGCAAGUUUGACUACCACGUCAUGCACUAUUGCCUGGUGAUCCAGCGACUUGCGAUGGACGCUCCACGGAGGAGCUUUGCCAACUUCUGCCAGGCCGUGUCCGCGUACGUGGGUCAGCGAUCCAUGCCAGCCAGCUGCUCCGGUGGCAACCCCAUGGACCUGGUUUGGGGGUCACCACCUCUGCGGGAGAGACGUCUGAAUCCCCGACAGAACCUGCACAUCGUGUGCACGGGAAAGAGACGCCAGCAGAUGCUGCGUCGACUUCUGCCCAGGAGCAACUACCAACUGGACCUGUUCGGCAUCCAUCAGACGCGCCAGAACCUCACAUUUCCGCUGGCCAGCAGCCAGGUGAACUUCAACCGCACCCAACCGCUGGCCCUCAAGCAGCAGGCUCUGAUGCAGCUCAAGAUCGGCGGACAGCACGGCAAACAGGUGUACAGCUUCAAGGUGCCACAGACGAUACGCCAGGCGGAGGAGCCCUUCAUGCGCCACCUGUUGAUUCCCUGCUCCGGCAGCGAGAUUCGGGUGAAGUUGCUGCGCCAGCGCAACGAGGUGGGAAGAACCGAGGCCUUCUACAGCCCCACGUACAUAAGGCAAAAGGGCGUGUCACCAGGCGAGCGGUAUCUAAUGAGAUUCGAGCCCAGCAACGAGGACGAGGCGUUGCGGGCGCAGAAAGUGAUGGUGGCCCUGAGCAGCGAGGCUUUGUUCCGGGAUUUACCGGAGCUGCCGCAAAACACCAGUGUUUUCAAUGUCCGCACGAGGUGCAAUCGAGCCACCAUCGCAUGGAAUGGCUCACCCGAUGAACGCGAGCUGAGCUACUGCAUCAUCGUAUUCAAUCUGCCGCAGCGCAAUCGCAGCGUGGUGGACUCCACCAACUACUGCAUGGACUUUGUGCCCAAGCGGGUGGAGCACUACAGGAACUUUGAGUGGAUGACUUGUAGGGAGCGGCAGCAGAGUCCCGACAACAUCGAAACGGAGACCAUUCUGAACCUGAUGCCUGGCUCCAGCUACUUGGUUUAUGUCACCGCCAACUUGAGCAUGGGCAAACCACUGCCCUACCAGGCUCUAACCCUCCACAUGGCCAGUCAAUGUCUGGACGGAUCCCACGAGUCCUUCUACUAGGCGUUACGAGUUUUUGGUCGUAAUACCCCACAACCCCCAAACAAAAAGCUUCGCUGCAUUUUCGAAUACAAACACUGAACUAUCCGUCGUUGUAAAGCUACCUUAUUCACUACGAUUACUACUACACUAUCCUACAAAAAACUAUGCUGGUUAAAAGACUAUACACCUAGCUCCAUAUACUAUAUACUAUAUGCAGUAUAUGUAUAUAUAUAAAGAUAUACAUAUAUACAGAUGUUCGUGGCAAAUGUUGUGUGUGCGAGUGAGUGUGUGCGUGUGACUUUUGAUUGUGUUUGCCGUUUGCCAUUUGCCAUUUGAUUCCAAGUAUAUUCGAGUGCUUAGUUUUGUAAUUUUUAGCUAGCCGUUAAUGUUUGUAUAAACUGUUUCAUUGGUUUUCCCACGCUGCUUUACCGGAUAAUCGUUUUUUAGAUUUUAGCCUUAGCACUCCUAGUUUAAAGUUUAACGUUUAAAGUUUAAAGUUAGUUUUUCAUAGGCUUUUGCUGUUAAGUUUAAACCGUAAACCGUAAACCGUAAACCGUAAAGUUCUUUUGUACAUUAAGCUUACAUUUAGCCCUACAUUAGAUAUAUACCAUUAUGAAUACAUAUAUGUGCGUUGAAAGCGUUGUAUUUUUUGAAGCCGAACUUAUGCAACCCAAAAGGAGGACAAUAAACAAAUGUGCUAUAAAAAAUGA